AUGUCGGACUCUGCAAAGUCUAGUGACAAGAAGGCAGGUCGCAAAUCCCCUUCUCCAGACAAAAAAGACAACGAAUCCUCAAAAGCCGCGAGCUCCGAAAAGCGCAAUGGGAAUGGAAGCCCUGCUGGCGCAAGCGGCUCGGACGAGCAAAAGAAGCACCGGAGCACAGGGGUGAGCGCUCGAGCGAGCAGCUUUAUUGCCCAGGCGAAAGCCACCCUCCUGACCCAAGUCGGGGCUCGUUCUAACCACGACGAUUCGGCUACUGACUCAAAAUCGUCAAACCAGACUCCCUUACAGAAGCUCGGCAAGGAGGAGGAGACCUACCUGCAGCCUCAAAGCAACAAUGCCGCGGGUGAGUCCUAUCCAGGCCCUCGAUCAACCUUCCGCGUUGGUGUCUGGGAGGAUCGCAAUAAGAAGUGCAGACGCACCAUGGAAGAUACCCAUGCCUUUCUCUACAAUUUUUUGAAGACACCUGCCCCUGUCGUUGAGGGCCAGGAACAGGACGGCGCCGAUGCGGCAAGUCAGGAUGUCGAGACGGACAACGGCUACUUCGCCAUUUUUGACGGCCAUGCGGGUGCGUUCGCGGCCGACUGGUGUGGUAAAAAGCUCCACUUGAUCCUCGAGGAUAUCAUACGGAAGAACCCCAACUCGCCCAUCCCUGAGCUGCUGGAUCAAACUUUCUGCGCGGUCGACGCACAGCUUGAGAAGUUACCACAGAGGAAUAGCGGUUGCACGGCUGCUAUUGCUGUUCUGCGCUGGGAAGAUCGCGUCCCGAGUGACCACUCGGCUACGGGGUCUCAAGCAAUUGCGCCUGCUCUCGCUAGAGCUGCUCAGGAGGCGGCCAGGUCUGGAGAUGGAGCGCCGAAUGAUACAUCCGAGGCACUGCGGAGCGUCGCGAAGAGGCAGCGUGUUCUCUAUACUGCCAACGUUGGCGAUGCCCGUAUUAUUCUUUGCCGGUCGGGUAAAGCUCUUCGCCUGUCAUACGAUCAUAAGGGUAGCGAUGAGAACGAAGGCAGGCGUAUCACCAACGCUGGGGGCCUUAUCUUGAACAAUCGUGUCAAUGGCGUGCUUGCUGUAACCCGGGCCCUCGGCGACAGCUAUAUGAAGGAACUCGUUACUGGACACCCGUAUACUACUGAGACAGUCAUUCAACCUGAGCUGGAUGAGUUUUUGAUCAUCGCUUGCGACGGGCUUUGGGACGUCUGCUCUGACCAGGAGGCAGUUGAGUUGGUGCGCCAUAUCGAAGAUCCUGUUGCAGCUGCUAAAUUGCUGGUUGACCAUGCUCUCGCCCGCUUUAGCACGGAUAACCUGUCAUGCAUGAUUGUUCGCUUCGACCAGAAAGCCAUUCUCGAGCAUCAGAAUAGUGUCAACAAAGCAGUCGGCGUCGGACACGAUGCGCCUGCUUCCCCUAAAGAGCCGACUAUUGAGGAGGACAAGAUUGCGAGUGAGACAACAGCUACUGCAGCGGAGAGUCUCCCUUCUGGUGCCGGCGAAGUGAUUAGCGCAAACGGGCAUGCUGCCGAUGGCAACCAAUCCUCUACCGAGCAGCGAGUUUCUGCACAAAAUGUCUUGGACACGACGUCUGGUUCUGCAAAAAAAGAACCCGAUUUGACCAGCAACAGGCUGUCUGGUGAUGGAUGCGCAGCCACCACAGCCGCUUCAGAGUCGGCUCAUGGCACUUCUGCAUCGGCAAACAGGAAUGCAAAGACUGACUUCAGUUGA